UUCAAAAUGGCUGCACGUGUAGUUUUGGCGGUCCUAAACCUUAAUAAAAUCGCUUCUGGGCGAGUGUUAGGCUGUUGUCAUAACAAAGUUCCGGUUUGCACAAGCUACUAUAAUAACCUCCAACAUUGGAGACAGUUUGGAGAUGACUCACCCUCAUCAAGCGAUUCAGAUGUGGUGCUCCCGAAGCGACCUAGCACUUCCUUCAACAGAUUUUACAUGGAAAAGUUAAUAGAGAUCAGAGAGAAACAUCCUGAUGUCAAGACGGUGACAGGCCUGUCCAAAAUUGCGGGUGGCAUGUGGAAGUCUCUCAGUGAAGAGGAUAAGAAAGUUUAUAAAGAUGCUUAUCUGAAGGAAAAGGAAGAAUUUGAUGCCAAGAUGACUCCAAAAGUUAAGCAACUGAUGAAGGAAAAAGCUUUGGAGAAAAAAGUGGAGAAAAGCAAGAAAAAGACGAAAAAGGAGAGUAAGUCCCUCGGCAGACCAAGGCCUCCUCCCAGUGGUUAUAGUUUAUUUGUGAAGGAGAAGAGUUCUGAUGUUACUCAUUCCCUGAGUGCUCAGCAGGAACUUAUGAAGGAUCUUGCUCAAUUAUGGAAAGCUAUGGUGGAGGCUGAAAAAAAGCCGUAUCGAGACAGGGCAGCUAUCGAACGAGCACAAUAUCAAAAGGAUCUGAAGGAUUGGGAGAAGAAAAUGUACAAGAGUGGGAGGCUGGAAUUCAUCAGGAAAGCAACUAUAAAUGAACUCACCAUGCCGAAAGUGACAAAACCUAAGAAAAGAGAUUGAACCGGGGAUAUAACUUUUAUACUAACUCUCGGGGAUAUCGCCUUUGAUGAUAUGAUCUUUUGACGCUGCUAUUUGGAAUAGAAAAUUGUGCUCUUUGUGGCGAGUGGGAACCAUUUGUCGAGAAGGAUACUGUUGAUUGAAGGAUACUGUUAUAAAACUAGAUCCAAAGUCGGGAACAUUUGUUCCAGUUUUUGCCAACAGCGGUGCCGAUUCAAAGUCCAUAAAGGAUGUCUAACUUGGCCAGUUUGCAUUUAGACUAUUGUAUUAUGCAUUUUUGCAUGUUUUAAAUGGGAAUAUAUAUUCAAAAUUAGGAUCCACAAAGA